AUGGGCCGGUCCACGCCAAGCCCAACACGGGCCGGUCCAGGCCAAGCCCAACACGGGCCGGUCCAGGCCAAGCCCAACACGGGCCGGCCCACGCCAAGCCCAACACGGGCCGGCCCACGCCAAGCCCAACACGGACCGGCCCAUGCCAAGCCCAAAACGGGCCAGCCCAAAAUGGACCAGCCAACACAGGCCAGCCCACACCAGCCCAAAAUGGACCAGCCGACACCAGCCCAACACGGACCAGCCCACGCCAAGCCCAACACGGGCCAGCCCACACCUGCCCAAAAUGGACCAGCCGACAGCCCAACACGGACCAGCCCACGCCAAGCCCAACACGGGACAGCCCACGCCAAGCCCAACACGGGACAGCCCACGCCAAGCCCAACACGGCCCACACCAGCCCAACACGGGCCAGCCCACGCCAAGCCCAACACGGGCCAGCCCACGCCAAGCCCAACAAGGGCCAGCCCACGCCAAGCCCAACACGGGCCCGCCCACGCCAAGCACAACACGGGCCAGCCCACGCCAAGCCCAACACGGGCCAGCCCACGCCAAGCCCAGCACGGGCCAGCCCACGCCAAGCCCAAUACGGGCCAGCCCACACCAGCCCAACACGGGCCAGCCCACGCCAAACCCAACACGGGCCAGCCCACACCAGCCCAACACGGGCCAGCCCACGCCAAGCCCAACACGGGCCAGCCCACGCCAAGCCCAACACGGGCCAGCCCACACCAGCACAACACGGGCCAGCCCACACCAGCCCAACACGGGCCAGCCCACGCCAAACCCAGCUAUUGCAUAAUGUAG